CGUCAGCGGUGGUGUUGGGGGGGAGCAAGGCAAUCCGUGCGUCGAAAACGUCAGUGAAGCAGCAUGGCGGAGAUGUGGUUGGAGUGUCUGUGCUCUGAGUGUGUGGGGAAAAAACACUCUCAGCCGAUUUAACAAGAAAGAUCAGUGUCUAUUGCAUUUUUUUUUUUUGUUGUCAAAUAAGUGUUUAUCUAAGAUGGAGAGCCACAGUGGUGGCAGCGUCCCUGCAUCGAAAUACAGCUCAGUGAAAUAUUACAUCCCACCCGAGACUUACGUUACACCAAGUCAAGAUGGCGAGCACUCUGGUACCGAGCAAGCUGGUGGUACCGAGACUAGACCGAGAACUGGAGUGUCUUCUACUCAAUAUAUUCCAAAGGCGGGGGACCGCUUGAACUUUCAAAUACCGAGAAAGAACAAAGAAAAGAGAGCCUUGUUCCAGUAUGUGUCGUCAGAGUCCCGGGAGUUUGAAGACAUCUUGACCAUCCUGUCAUCCAACUACAGAGAAGCCAGCUCCAACGGGAUGUUCAUGUACACCAAGCCAAGACUGGUCCACAGUGAGCUGCUGGAGAAGGACUUUGUAGAGAAAAGGAGAGAGCUGAAGCAGGAUGGGAGGACUGAGAAGGAACUGGAGGAGACCCAUUGUUUCCUGAUGGCUGACACCACCAAGCUGCCAUGGAUCUGUGAGAAGGGCCUGCUUGUGGGGCACAGCUGGAUCACAGCUCUGGGGAACCCCUCCAAGGGUGUUUAUCUGUCUAAAAACUCAGACCUACUGCAGAUCAAUCCUUUUAACCCUGGAGUCAUGGGAGAGAUCAUCAUAUUCAAGGUCAUCAAGGGUAAAGUGAAGAGCAUCUAUGAGAACAUGUCAAAGAACCUUCUGGACCCCACGCCCAAGUUUGACAGCCAUUUCUCCAAGAACGCCAGCAAAGUGACAUCUCUCACCUCCUAUAGAGCAUACGAGCUUACUCAGCAAUACUUCUAUGAGUAUGACUUUGAUGAGCUGAAGUCUCGGCCGAGACACGUGUGUCCCUAUGCAGUGGUCUCUUUCCAGUUCAAAGGCAAAGAUGCUCCUCUUCAAGCCAAGCCCAUAGCUCCCCUGAGGUCAAACAGCCAAACGUCUGAAGGAAGUACAGGCAGGAGUAAAUACACAGUGUGGAGUGGAGAGCUGGUGAAUGAGGGUAGAGCAGUGUCCCAGGUCUCUUUCUGCUCCUUCUCACCCCCCUUCCUGCCUUUCAAACUGCCUGAGAAGCUGGAGUUGGGUCUGGUGAUGUGUAUAGACCAGGUGAAUCAGAUGAUCCCCUCAGCUUUGUUCUCCUGGAACCUGUACGCAGGCAGCCACGAAGUGUUGAAGAAUGGAACCUACUGCAGUCUGCUGGAGGUAGUGGACAAGAGCAAGUCAGGUGACUUUCUGGCAGCACUGCUACAAGGCCUGGAGACACAGAGACUGGUGCUUGUCCAUGCGUUGGCUGACAAAGGAUUCCUCUUCCUCCUGUCUUCAGUUCAAAUGGCUGCUCCAACUGAAAGAAGAGAUGGGUGGAAAAGAGGCCUUCAAGCACUCUUUGUUUUUCAAGAGUCGAGGGAUGUGACAAAAUACAGUACAAAUUGUCCAGCUACCCAGGAGCCUUUGCAGUCGUCAUUUUCCCAUGACACUGUGAUGCCCCAGCUUAAAAGCUUUGUCCCGGCUCUGCAUCAUGCCCUGGUCAAAGUGCGCUGCAACCCGCCUGCUGACCUCUCGGCCGGGGUCGAGCACCAGGCCAGGGACUACCUAAGUGGACUUCACGAUGGAAAGCUCCGCCACGUUCCCAUGACUGAGUACGACACCAAGCUGGAUGACCGAGGGAAGCUGUUCCCGGCUCCAAAACACCACAAGCUCAACAUGGAGGGCUACCUGCGCUCCUACGUCUACAGCCCUAACCUCUACACCAUGCCCGUGGUCCGAGCCAAGGAGAUGAUGGAGAGUUACUGUGUCGUGCCUGAUGACAUCAGUCCUGUGGCUGAUAGUGAGGGUGGUAGUAGGGCCAGCGGGGACAAGCCAGUGGUAGGGUCAAAGGUCAAGCCUAAUGGUCCCACUGCUGCCCAGCCUCCGGCGGUCCAGGUUAACCUCUCUCCGUUUCAGUCUCGCACUGACUCCAACCUUCAGAAGGUGAAGGAGCUGAUCAACUUGAUACUGAAGUGUCGGAAGAAUGCAGAGGGGGAUGUGAGGAAGAGGGGAGAGGCGCAGGGAGGAGCGAAGGAGGGGGCAGGCCUGUUGGACCCCCGUGGGCUGAAGAGGAAGCUGGAGAGGGAGACUGCAGAGAGGACUCUGAAGUACCUGAAAAAGGCCUCACAGGAGAGGGGCGGAGUGGACAGCAGACCAGCUGAAGGGGGCAAGAACCCGUCCUGUCUGUCCUCUCUGAUGCUCCAUAGUGUGGGUCUGAAAGACGUGGACCUGAGGAGAGACGGAUCAGAGGCUGCAGUCAAGUUACUGAAAAUGUUAACCAGCCUGAAGAAUGCUGCAGGGCAACAGCCACAGAGUUCUGAGGGCAGAGGAGGAGGGUCAAGAGAGGGGGCGGAGCAAACUGAAGCUCUGCUGUUUGAUAGGAUGAUCAAGCUGGGUCUGCCGCCCAAUCAGGACAUUGACCUGAGGAAACGACCUUCUGGGGGCCUGCAGGACAAGGCUGACUACUUGGAGGAGCAGGCAGCAGGCAGUAUGAGCAGUCUGGAAGGCUUCAGCCCCAGUUCCAAUGGUGAAACGCCCAGGAGAUCGCACUCGCAAUGUCAGGGGGAGGAGCAGAUUCCAUGGGUCCUCAUCCCCAUUACAGGGCUGAAGUGGAAGAAGUACUGCCAGAGAGAGAAGGACAACCCUCAGGACCCGCGCUUCGUACCCCAGAUCCCCAUGGCAACCAGCAGCUACCCCCGCUGUGUUCUGGAGCGAAGGGAAAGAAACAUCACCCCUACCCUAGAGGAGCACCCAGAGCGUAGCCCCAGUCCUCCCCUAGAGGAGCACCCAGAGCCUAGCCCCAGUCCUCCCCUAGAAGAGCACCCAGAGCCUAGCCCCAGUCCUCCCCUAGAGGAGCCCAGUCCCUGUCCCAGUCCCUACCCCAGUCCCUACCCCAGUCCCUGCUCCAGUCCCUACCCCAGUCCCAUAGAGGAUGAUGAGCAAUUAGCUGAAACCCCCUGUGACCCCACAGAAAUAACCAACAAUGAAAAGACAACCACAGACGAGACAAACCAGAGCCUCCUUCUGGUCCCUGUUACUCCAGAGAGCACCAGCCUCCCAGAGAAAAGCAGCAGCCCCUACCGUGAGCCAGGGCCAGCUGAAGAACCAACCCAUACUAACCCCAUAGAGGCUGGUCAGGAACAAGCUAAAGAACCAACCCAUACUAGCCCCAUAGAGGCUGGUCAGGAACAAGCUGAAGAACCAACCCAUACUAGCCCCAUAGAGGCUGAUCAGGAACAAGCUGAAGGCAGUACAGGAAAAUAUAUGCCAACUGUUGUGGCAGCUGAAGACCCAAACACAAUAGAGGUUGAACAGGAGGAGGAGGUUAAAGAGGUAGAGGAACAGGUGAAAGGGGAGGAAGAUGUGAUAGAAGUGGUAGAUGAGGAACCGGUGGAGGAGGGAGAUAAGGAGGAGGAAGACCUGAUGGAAGUGCUAGAUGGGGUGGAAGAGCAGCUGGAGGAAGGGGAAUUAGUGGAGGAAGAGAACGAACAUGUGGAGACAGAGUUGAAACAGACAGGGCAGGUGUCACCCAGACCACCCUCCUCCAUUCCUCCCAUCCAGAAUCCUCCUCCCAUCCAGAAUCCUCCUGUCCAGAGACCCGUUCUUACCAGAGUGGAAAGUAUCCUGGACCAGCAGUUCAGUGACUUCUCCACAGAGAUGCAGAUCCUCCUGCUCAGAGAGAGCGUCCACUACAGCUCAUCGCUCCUCCAUACCCAGAAUGCUUCACAGCAGCUCCCGGUGCAUCCGCUCCUGCACUUCUCAGAGUACGUCUCCUUCUACAACUCGUCCCCUCCAAUGCAGGCCUACGUCACCUCACUCCGAGACCGCAUGGGCACCAUCAUAAACGUACAGGACCAAUGGAUUCCCGGCACGUUAGCCACCCAACCUGCCCUGGUCUCAUCUAUCACUAACCGCCACCAUGCUAACCACUCUCCUCCAACCACUACAUACUGGAACCAUUCUUUCUGUGGCCCUGUGUCUCAGUCUGUCCCCAGCCACCGCCUCUCUCCUGCUCCUGGCCUUAGCCUUGCUGUGUCUCAGUCUGUCCCCAGCCACCGCCUCUCUCCUGCCCCUACUUCUGGCCUUGCUGUGUCUCAGUCUGUCCCCAGCCAGCACCUCUCUCCUGCUCCUGGCCUUGCUGUGUCUAAGUCUGUCCCCAGCAACCGCCUCUCUCCUGCCCCUACUCCUGGCCUUGCUGUGUCACAGUCUGUCCCCAGUCAGCGCCUCUCUCCUGCUCCUGGCCUUGCUGUGUCUCAGUCUGUCCCCAGCCACCGCAUCUCUCCUGCCCCUGCUCCUGGCCUUGCUGUGUCUCAGUCUGUCCCCAGCCACCGCAUCUCUCCUGCCCCUGCUCCUGGCCUUGCUGUGUCUCAGUCUGUCCCCAGCCACCGCAUCUCUCCUGCCCCUGCUCCUGGCCUUGCUGUGUCUCAGUCUGUCCCCAGCCACCGCAUCUCUCCUGCCCCUGCUCCUGGCCUUGCUGUGUCUCAGUCUGUCCCCAGCCACCGCAUCUCUCCUGCCCCUGCUCCUGGCCUUGCUGUGUCUCAGUCUGUCCCCAGCCACCGCAUCCCUGCCCCUGCUCCUGGCCUUGCUGUGUCUCAGUCUGUCAGCCACCGCAUCUCUCCUGCCCCUGCUCCUGGCCUUGCUGUGUCUCAGUCUGUCCCCAGCCACCGCAUCUCUCCUGCCCCUGCUCCUGGCCUUGCUGUGUCUCAGUCUGUCCCCAGCCACCGCAUCUCUCCUGCCCCUGCUCCUGGCCUUGCUGUGUCUCAGUCUGUCCUCAGCCACCGCCUCUCUCCUGGUCCUGGUCUUAGCCUUGCUGUGUCUCAGUCUGUCCCAAGUCGUCACUCUCCUGGCCUGUUUGCCCCUGGUCCUGAUAGCUCAAACUCGUACAGUUCUCUACCUGUGUCUCAUUUUAAUAAUAAUAAUAGCACAAUGAUUCCCUCUUCAUCGUUUCCCGGCAAGGCCUAUUCUCCUACUCUCUACCACAACCCACCACAGACACAGACGGGACUACCGCAACUCAGUCUAGCCCCCCUGUCCCUCCAACCACUGGACAGUCAAUGGACAACUUCAACACAGAACCCUGAUUCUGGCGGGAGACUGGGAACCUGUAAGCCAAGUGAUAUGUCAAAAGCAAAUAAUUGGACAACACAGAACACUGACUUGGAUGUCCGAGGGCUACGAGCAAAGUUCACGCCUCAAACAAGUGCAAUGUUUGAAGCAAAAGACGAUGUCGUAAUGUUGGAUCAGCCGGUUUCAGAAGCCACCGUGGCGGCUCCACCUCCUCCUCGCACUCAGAUGAUUGACAGUUUGUCAGGGGUGGGCGGGCCAGUGGUAGAGCCUGUCCCAGGGCCAGGUCCCGCCUCCCCUUCAGCCAUCAGUAGUCUGAUCAGCCAGCUGAAGCCUGAGUUGUUCAGUAACCUGGUGGAGAUUAUAAAGGAUGUCCAGAAGAACUCUGUCCAGUUCUACAUCCACACACAGGAGAGGGAGAGGGAGGUCUCCCACCACAUCAAGGAGUACCUCCAGAGGUUGGGUAACGUAGAACGCAGUCCUGUGAGUUUCCUGGAGAGAGAGAACCGGAUGGACAAACUAAUGGUUCUCAUCCAGAACAAGGACAUUGCAGCGCACAUUCACAAGAUCCCGGCGCUGGUGCGGUUGAAGAGGCAGCCGUCGGUGAUCUUCGCUGGAGUAGACAGUCUGGACGAUGUGAAGAACCACACCUACAACGAGCUGUUUGUCUCUGGGGGAUUCGUCGUCUCAGACGAGUUUGUCCUCAACCCUGACUACAUCACUCACGAGCGUCUGCGGGUGAUUCUGAUGUUCCUGGACCAACAGAACUCAGCAGAGAGCGUGUGGAGGUGGAGGGUCCACUGGAAGACCCAGAAGAAACUCAAGGAACAGUCCAGGUUUAAAAGUGAAGCCAGGAAGAUCUUGAACCUGCUGACCACGUACCAGAAGAAAAACAUUGUGGAGUUCCUGCCAUACCAUGAGUGUGACGCUCCAUCUCGCCCCGCCCCCGACCUGGACUGUCUCCUCAAGCUGCAGGCACAGCACAUUCAGCAACGACACAUCAUCUUCCUCACGGAGAGCCACUUCGAGAUGUUCCCCCACUACUCCAGUACUGGCAUCGUCAUCGCCAACAUCAACGACAUCAUGCACAACUUCGGUGGCCUAGUUGGUUUCCAUGACAUCAGAGACAAGCGGUCUACCUCAGUAGACCUCAUAGCUGCAGCUACUACAGUCCGAGAGGAAAAGCAUGUGCUGGAGGAACCGAUCCUUCUGGACUCCCCCUCCUCCCCAGAUCGCCUGGUGGACCGCCUGUCCACUCCGCUGAACGAGGAUGACUUCCGUCCAUCCCUCCCCGACCAGCUUGUUCCUGACGCGGGGACACCCAUGGAGCUCAACUUCCAGGCCCUGAAGGAGGCCAUCUCUCAGUUCAAGGCUGAUAAGGCUGCUCGCUCACAGAUGGCACCUCCAGAGGUGGAUGGGGAGAGACCAGAGUCCCCACCAGGACCAAGGAUUCCUGGCCUGGGUACAGACUCACCAGGGUGUCUAGGGGACUCUGGAGUUGGUUUCCUCACCCCUGGUCUCCUCACUCCUAGUUUCACCCCUUCCCCUGUCUCUCUCCUUGGUCCUGUCCCUCUCCGCUCCAGCCAGUCCCCUGCUGGGAUCCAGAAGGAAGUGGGACUGACCCCCACAUGGCAGGCUAAAGAAGCUACCCUCUCCUCACUCCACUCUAAGCUCGGUCUGAGUGUAACUGCUGGUGCCGACGUGACCAGUGAUAUGUCUUUGUGUGGCUCCCAGGGCAGACUGAACGCUUUCAGCAGUCACCGGGAUCCUUUAGCUGGCAUUGUCACUGAGGGCCAUGGGGAGUCGGGGGCCACACCCAGCAACCCCCCAGGCCCUGAGCCUCCAAGGUCCCAGGGGGAGAACACUAAACCCAGCCCAGUAGAAGGCAGCCUCCAGGGGGGAGGAGGAAUGACUGACAAAGCCCCUAGCAGCCCCCUCCCUGGUCCUCCAGGUCCCAGGGCAGCAGCCCCCCGGCCAGUUGGUGGUGGGGAUUACAUAGCGGCAGCGACAGACAGACUGGCACAGGCAGCCAGACAGCAGCAGAGAAACGGCUUGUUACCCAUGCCUAAUACACUGUUCCUGAACAGUAACCUCAAUCUGCACAACCAUGGCAUGAGCAUAUUCCAAAGGCCCAUGUUGAAUAGGCUGGAAGGACCUGCAGGACGGGGGGGUAUUAGACCAUUGAUGCCUAAUGCCAUUGGCUGGGCUAGGAUGGGCCAGGCAGGGGGGUCAGAGUCCUGUCUAUGGGGCCUUCAGCAGCAGAACAUGGGGCUGGGGCGCCACACCUUCCCUUCACGACUGAUGGGGAACCCUCAUCACCCCUGGGGUAGUAACCAGACUGCUAACCAGGGGCGUGGGAAUGGCCCUUGGAAGCGGUGACGAACGGCCGAGUGAACAAACAAGAGUUGUGUUCAGUAGGUAUCAACCUGAAAACACUGAGGAUAUACCGGGAUGUUCAUUUUUGUUUUCUGUUGUGCCCAGAUGGAUAGAGAGCAACUAGCACGACUACCUACUUGACCGAGUCAAAUCUCUUCUACACAUUACAUUUCUAACUGAACCCUCCUGUCCCAAACAGGCUCCACUAGUGAAUCUUCAUUUAUGAUCCUAAAGAAGCGCUUUACUUGACAGGAAAUAAUUUUUUCCCCCUUCCAGAUGGUAAAGCCAGCUGUGGCCUGGCUGGUGCUGCCUGCUGAUGAUACUACUCACUAACCUGUCAGAUCUUGUCAAACCAAACAAUUAUAUUUGUAUUUUCUAGGAAAACUUUUUGUUAUUACUUGUUUGUUUAGGGGCUGUAUUCAAUCAGAUCCCCUUUAGCCGACAUCUGCGUAGCGGUUGUUUCGGCGGUGGAACAGCAGAGCUGUCAAAUCCACUAGCAGCUCCUGGCAUUAUACCCAGUGGACAUUGCCAUUGUCUGAACGGUGUUGCAUUAAGAGAAAUCCCAUUAUAAGUUUGAACAGUGGAAUGUGAGAUGUAGUCUACACCUCCAUUAGGAGAUAGAAACCCUCAAUAUUAAGUUUCAGGAUUGUUCAAUUAGAGCGUGAUUAUUUCUAUAUAGCCUACACUUCCUCAUUCUGAACGUCUAAUGGGAGAGGGCCAGGUGUGGCUGAGUGACAAUUAUCACAAGAGCAGCUGCUCACCGAUUUGAUGCCUCAGUUUGACCUUCAACACCACUAAACCAUCCACUAUGCUACGCUUGAUCUGAUUGAAUCUAGGCCUAAAUUAAUAUCCUUGUACCUUUUUUGGUUUUGUAAAGAAGUAUACUGUAGCCAUGUGGCCUUGUACAGAAAACCAGUGGUUUUUAUCUUAAUGUUAUUUUUUACAACUUUGUUUGUAUUAAAACAUGCUUGUCAAAAUUA